UUUUGAUGAUGCAAGCCUAGUUUUUAAUUUUUAGUUUAACAUUAUUAAUAAAGAGGAAAGUAAAAUUUGUAUUGCUUAUUUUUAAUUCUAAUUUGCAGAUGACAAAACAAGCUUCACUGGACUUUUUUGUGAAGAAAAGACACACCUAUUCUGAAUAUGGCAAUAGUAGCAAGAGAAAUGGUAACAAUGGAAGUCAUCUUGAGGGAGUGAAAACCAAAAGAGUUCAUACUAGCUUUACUCGGAAGUAUGAUCCCUCAUAUAUUGAGUUUGGUUUCAUAGCCAUAAUUGAUGGUGAAGUGCUGAAACCACAGUGUAUUAUUUGUGGAGAUGUACUGGCUAAUGAAGCGAUGAAACCAUCAAAACUUAAGCGGCAUCUAUAUUCAAAACAUAAAGAAAUAAGUUCACAACCAAAAGAAUUCUUUGAAAGAAAGAGUAAUGAAUUGAAAAACCAACCAAAGCAUGUGUUCAAUGUUUCUCACAUAAACAUUAGUGCUUUGAGGGCUUCUUAUAAAGUAGCGCUUCCGGUUGCAAAGUCUAAAACACCAUACACAAUUGCUGAGACACUAGUGAAGGACUGCAUCAAAGAAGUUUGCUUAGAAAUGUUGGGUGAAUCUGCAGCAAAGAAGGUAGCUCAAGUACCACUUUCCAAUGACACCAUAGCUCGACGUAUUCAGGAACUGGCGAAUGAUAUGGAAGACCAACUCAUAGAACAAAUAAAACUAGCCAAGUAUUUUUCAUUGCAACUUGAUGAGUGCAGAGAUAUUGCUAACAUGAUAAUUCUUUUAGUAUAUGUGAGGUUUGAACAUGAUGAUGAUAUAAAGGAAGAAUUCUUUUUUUCAGCCUCUUUACCAACAAACACAACUAGCUCAGAACUGUAUGAAGCUCUGAAGAAUUAUGUUGUCAACAAAUGUGGUUUGGAAUUUAAGUUUUGUGUAGGAGUGUGUUCUGAUGGUGCAGCUUCAAUGACAGGAAAACAUUCUGAAGUGAUUAACCAGAUUAGAGAACUUGCACCAGAAUGUAAAAUAACACAUUGCUUCAUUCAUCGAGAAAGUCUUGCUAUGAAAAAAAUAUCAGCUGAACUGAAUAGUGUGCUUACUGACAUAGUAAAAAUUGUGAAUUAUGUAAAAUCUAAUGCAUUAAAUUCAAGAUUAUUUUCUUUAUUGUGUGAUAAUAUGGAAGCUGAUCAUAAGCAACUGUUAUUGCAUGCUGAAAUACGGUGGUUAUCCUGGGGAAAAGUUCUAUCAAGACUGUUUGAAAUACGAAAUGAACUCUUAGUAUUUCUGCAAAGCAAGAAGCCAGUUUGGUCCCAACUUUUCAAAGAUGUGAAUUGGAUUGCCAAACUUGCUUAUUUAUCUGAUAUCUUCAGUAUUUUUAAUGAUCUUAAUGUUUGCAUGCAAGGAAAAAAUGCAACAUGUUUUUCAAUGGCAGAUAAGAUUGAAGGACAAAAACAAAAGUUAAAAGCUUGGAAAAAAAGAGUUUCUACAGAUUGUUAUGACAUGUUCCAUAAUUUAACAACAGUUAUCAAUGAAGUAGGUAAUGAUCUUGAUAUUGCACAUCUACAAAAAGUUGUCAGUGAACAUCUUACAAAUUUGUUAGAUUGUUUUGAAUUGUACUUUCCUUCAAAAGAAGAUCCACGCAUAGGAAAUUCAUGGAUACAAAAUCCAUUUCUUUCAUCAAAAGAUAAUUUAAAUUUAACUAUAAUCCUACAGGAUAAGUUGUUGAAGCUGGCUACUGAUGAAGGAUUGAAAAUGAAUUUUGAAAAUACAGCAUCACUUGCUUCAUUUUGGAUAAAAGUUAAAAAUGAAUAUCCUGAGCUUGCUGAGAUUGCUUUAAAAUCUCUUCUUCUGUUCCCCUCAACAUACCUCUGUGAGACUGGGUUCUCUACCUUAAGUGUUAUUAAAACAAAACAUAGAAACAGUUUAAAUAUACAUUAUCCCUUGAGAGUAGCAUUGUCAUCAAUCCAACCUAGAUUAGACAAAUUAACGAGCAAGAAGCAAGCUCACUUAUCACAUUAAAAAAUUUAAAUACUGAUUUAUAAUGUGUUAAUUCAAAGUAUACAUAUAGGCAUUAUGGAACUAUGAAAAGUUUUUAUUAAAUUAGCAAUUCUGUGUAUAAAUUGCCCAUAGUAUAUUAAAGUGUACACUUUUUAUACUUCUCUUAUUUUCCCUGUCAAAUUUGUUAUAGUUAUUAGGAUGUAAUUUUAAAUCUGUUCAUUCGAACAUUAAAAUUUUUGGUCUUGUAUAUUGUAUGCAUUUUUAUUAUUGUUUUUUAUUAAUUUAUUAAAGUUAAAGAAUGACUUCAA